CCUGCCUUUCCUUGUCUCUCUCCUUGUCUCUGUCUGGGCUCCUGCUCUCUGUGACUAUGGGGAUCGAUCUGAGCUAUCUGUAGACCACAUGUUCUCACAGCCAGAAUGGACCUACCUGGGUGUUACCAAGAACAAGCUUUGGCGCCACGACCCGCUGACUACCCCCAGGAUCCGCUGACCAUAGAGGGACCGUCAACAUCUCAGGAGCUGAAGACCGAGUCGGAGGAAAACUGCCCAGUCUGUGGGGACAGAGUAUCUGGAUAUCACUAUGGACUGUUGACCUGUGAGAGCUGCAAGGGCUUCUUUAAGCGCUCGGUACAGAACAACAAACAUUACACCUGUGCAGAGAGACAGAGCUGCCCCAUGACCCUUGCACAGAGGAAACGUUGUCCCUACUGCCGCUUUCAGAAGUGUCUGGCAGUGGGCAUGAAAAGAGAAGCGGUGAGAGCAGACCGUAUGAGAGGUGGCAGGAACAAGUUUGGCCCUCUCUACCGUCGGGACAGGCAGAUGAAACAGCAAAAAGUUUAUCACCAGAUAAACACUGCCCCUUGCAGGAUAAAAAUGGAAAAUACACAAACACACCACCCCACGGCUCCAAAUGACCCCCAGUUUAUGACAAAUCAAGCAAGCGUUGCACUGUCAUCUGACCCUUUCCACCACCCACAGGGUCAUCCCCCUGGCAGUGGCCCAUCAGAUACCCCCAUGCUCCUGGACUGCACUAUGACCACAGACAGGGGGAUGACCCCAUCUCUGCCCUACCCUGGACUGUACCACUGCACAUUCCCUGGAUAUUCCCAGGAGAAAAGAGAGGUGCCUUUUAGUUGCAGCCCCGCCCCCAUAAACCUCCCCAUGCACCUGACACCCAAUGGUUUAUUAACACCGCUGUGCUCUCCAAUAACAACCCCGAGCUCAACACCGAGUUCAGCUGCUUCUCUGACACCAGUUUCUACCACAACACCAAUCCCAUUUCCUACCCCAGUGGAUACUCUUACACCCAACUUCCUAGCGCAGCUGUUGGAGGGGGAGCCGGAUGAGAGCCAGCUGUGUGCCAAAGUCCUGGCCAGCCUGCAAAGAGAGCAAGCCAACCGUGGCAAACAUGACUGCCUUAAUACAUUCAGUAUUAUGUGCAAGAUGGCUGACCACACUCUCUUUGGGCUUGUGGAGUGGGCCAGGAACAGCGCUCUCUUCAAAGAGCUCAAGGUAGAGGACCAGAUGGUGCUGCUUCAGAGCUGCUGGAGUGAGCUUCUGGUCCUGGACCAUCUUUGCAGACAGGUCACCUUUGGCAAAGAGGACUGCAUCUAUCUGGUCACUGGACAACAGAUCGAGGUGUCGACCGUUCUCUCCCAGGCAGGAGUGACGCUGAGCAGCCUCGUGUCAAGGACUCAGGACCUGAUAUCCAAAAUGAAGGCACUCCAGCUGGACAGAAAUGAGUUUGUCUGUCUCAAAUACUUGGUCUUAUUCAACCCCGAUGUGAAGUCAGUGCAGAGCCGCAGGCAGGUGGAGCAGACUCAGGAGAGAGUGAACAGGGCCUUGAUGGAGCACACCCAGCGCAGCCAUCCACAACACUCGGACAAAUUUGGCCAGCUGCUCCUCCGCCUGCCGGAGGUACGAAGCAUCAGCUUGCAGGUGGAGGAGUAUCUGUAUCAGCGCCAUCUGCUGGGAGACCUGCCCUGCAACUCCCUGCUGACUGAGAUGCUGCACACCAAGCGCAGCUGAGGGCAAACCACCGUGACCCCUCACUAGUGGAAGAGAAACAACCAGCGGGAUCCAAACGGCGGAAAAUCUCUCCCACCACUCUCCCCAUUAGAUCCUUAUUUUCUCCAUGACUUGGAGACCAUGGCAGGUCUGCCGAAGGUGCCUGUUGUCCCGAUACUGUGGGAAACAAAAGACAACGCUAUAACGCAUCUGCUGAUGUCUUCUUCACCAGAAGACACACGGGCGUGUCCUCCACAACAAGUUCUUCUGGAUGUAGGGGAUGGCAUCACUGUGACGAAACCCAGAAUCUGAUCUCAUCUUCACACCUCAAAACUGAAAAAUCAAAUUGGACGGAGAGGCCGACUUUAAAACCGAGCAUGUAGAACAAAUUUAAUUGGCUGAAUUGGUGAAUUUUUUUCCUCUUUGUGACGAUAUCAGAAAUUACAUCCUUAUACUAAAGUAUAAAACACUAAUCUACACAAGCCGUAUUUUAAACGGAGGAUGGAGCUAUGCUGUGUAUUGUAGGCUUGGGAGUGGUCACACCUAUGAUAUGGCCCCUUCAUCAAUGGCUAACAUCCAUUUUUGAUGAUAAAGUCACAUGCGGACUGUCCCAAAUGGUCUCCACUUUUGUUUUUCUCCUUCCUCCCUUCCUCUCCCUCCAAGUUACUUCUCUGUGGGACAGGACUGGGAUGCACCCAAAUAUUGCCUCUGGGCUGCUCCGGUAACUUUUCCCUUCUGUGGCUCUUCACUGUAAUUUGGGACAGCCCUGCUAAUUAGAGACACACUCGCCAAGCUCAUUUACAGAGAUGAAGGGGAAGAAAAUCUGACCUAGAAUCAAAACUGAAGGCCUUUUUUAUCCUGUGCCAUAUUUUACCCAAGUAACCCGUUCAACAGUAUUACCACACCCGUACCGCCCUGUCUUGUUUUGUUUUUGUCGGUAUUCAAACGGACGGAUGCAAGAUCCAAACACAUCCACCAUGGUCACAAUGAGCAUCCUGACUCAUACCACCCUUCAAAUGUCAACCAUGAAAUCCUUGCUUUAGUUUUAAACGCAAAGCAACAGAAA